AUGCAGAUUCCGAAUGCCGAGCGCCUGCUGUCUCCGAUCUGCGUGCUUGCGCUGCAUGCCCUGUUGCUCGCGGAUGUGGCGUCCCAUCGGAGGCACCUCCGCGAGUUCACUUCCCGCGCUCCCCUGGAGUGGCUGCUGGCAGCGAUUGCGGUCCUCUGCUACCUGCGCACCGUCAUCUGCGACCCUGGCAUUCUGCGCCAGGCCACCGGAGAGGUUGCGAAGUCGGCGUGGCCCGUCUGCUGCUGCCUUCUUUGCGGCCUCUGCGCACCGGCUGCGGCCCUGGCGGCGCGGGAUGCGCGGGAUUUUCGCAAGGCCAGCGAUGCGGAGCUCCAGCCUAUCGGCCGGGUUGUCUUGGACUCCAUGGUGGAGGAGGCGGACGAGGAUCCCGGUGAAGAGAUGAUUUCUCUAGCAGACCUGGAGUCGAACUCAGCGGCUUUGGGUGAAGGCGUAUCGGCCAAAGAGCCUUCUGCCGAGCGCGAAGACGACAUGCCAAAGGAGUCCGCCUCUGGAAGCAGCGUCCAGAAGCGACGCGAGAGUGGAGACAGCCGCCGCCACCCCUGGCAAGAGCAAUACGCUGGGCCCUCCGGGCAAACGGUUACACAGUCCGGGGUGAAGCUGCGUUACUGCAAGAUAUGCCACAUGCACCAGCCACUGCGGACAAAGCACUGCCGCGACUGUGGUAAAUGCGUGCGUACACAUGACCACCACUGCCCGUGGGUUGGGACCUGUGUUGGCGAAGGCAACCGUGUCUACUUCUACUGGUUCCUCAUCGCCCAGUGGCUCGAGCUCGCUGUCUUCCUCUUCGAGGCGAGCCUAGAUCUCGCUCAGGAUGGUUUCCUGCCGCCCGUUUGGCUGGGGCGUGCACCGCUGCUGGUGCUCGGAAUGGUCGUCAUGGGCUUUCUCAUCAUGAUGGUGAGCUGUCUCGUGUGCUUCCAUUCGUAUCUCGCCAUGGCCAACAUGACCACCUGGGAGAACAUGUCCUGGCACCACAUCAGCUACUUGAGGGGACUCAACCCCGACAGCGGGUCCCCUUUCUCCUUGUCCAUGCGGGAGAACCUGGCGGUCUACUGCUGCGCCCACACCUGCCCUGCCUAUGCCAGCACUGGCGCAUCGAAGCGGACGGAAGAUGGGUGGGUGGUCUGGAGUUUGGGGGACCAGCAGAAUCCGCUUGAGCUUUACUGUUGUGGGACAGACCUGUGCAGCUGCUUCGACGUUGAAUGA